UUUUAUUUUAAAUCGGGUUCGAGCUCAGAAUGGAGAAGAAAAUAUUUGCAAAAGCGAGGAUGAGAAAUUAUAUUUUAUCACAUUUCAAAGGAAAAGUUUGUAAACAUAAUCCGAAUAUAAUUCAUAUACGUACGUCAAGUACCGGCACUUCAAGAGAUUUUAAUUUUUAUGAUCUACAGUGCAGAAGGUGUGACUGGAGAAACUCCAUGAACAAACAGACAUGCCUCUCCUGGUCCAAAUUAAUGUCAGCAAGAUCUUAUCUUAAAGACAGUCACAGCGAGUGUCAGGUCCUUUGGUACCAAGCACGGUCAAACUUCAGUACCACAACAAUAAAACUAGAAAAAGAUAAAGAGAAAAAAGAUGACAACAGUGAAAAGAAAAGUGAUGAAAAUAAUGAAAAAGAGAGAAGUAAAGAAGAGGAAGAGGAGGAAAAGAAAAAAGAAGCUAUUGCUCAGGAAAUAGCAGCAAAAAAUGCAAACGACCCCCUGUUUUUCUUUGCUAUAGUCUUCGCACUGGUUUCCCUGGCAGUUACUCGAGAUUACUCCUUAAUGGAAUAUUCCUACAGUGGAACCGUUUCAAAGAAUGAAUUUGAUAAUAUGAUAGCUGGAGGAAAAGUGAGAAAAAUAGUUAAACAUCCUCAAGGUGUCCGAGUUUAUCUCUAUGAUAGCUAUGCAGGAAAAACAGUCACUAUUCCCAGUGGUUGCUGGGUUUUAUUUCAAGAGCCAUUCAGUAAUGUUGUGCCCUAUGUCAGACGUGCUACGGAAGGAAAUCCUAAUGUCAAAAAUGAUGUGAUUUUUGAUGAGGGCAGGAAACAUUUGACAAUGCUUUUGCCAAUGUUGAUAAUAGGAUUUGCAUAUUUCUUGGCCUUUAAAAGAACCAUCAGAAUAAUCACAGCAGCGGAAAAUGCAAAGUUUAGCAAACAGAAUGGAAAAAGCACUAAGCAAGAUACAACAGCAUUCAAAUCAGAUGUGAAGCCAGAGAGUUUUAAGAGCAGGGCACAGUUUGAUGAAAGUUUUAACAAUCAAGUCAAAACACAUAAUGAGAAACAGAUUAAGUUCAAGGAUAUUGCUGGUAUAAAGGAAGCUAAAGUGGAAGUGAUGGAGUUUGUUGAUUAUUUGAAGAACCCUCUGAGAUAUCAGAGGUUAGGUGCUAAGAUUCCACAUGGAGCCCUAUUACUUGGUCCACCAGGAUGUGGGAAAACACUUUUGGCCAAGGCUGUAGCUGCUGAAGCAGGUGUACCUUUCUUCUAUAGAGCUGGAUCUCAAUUUGUGGAAAUAUUUGGAGGUAAAGGAGCCUCCCGAGUGAGAGAGCUAUUUAAGACUGCCAGAGCUCGGGCCCCAUGUAUUAUAUUCAUUGAUGAACUCGAUGCCAUAGGAAGAGUUCGUGGUGGCAAGGGAGGAAGAGGCAACACAGAAGAAGAUCAGACACUGAAUCAGCUGUUAGUGGAGAUGGACGGCAUUAAUACGACAGAAGGAGUGAUUUUGCUGGGGGCCACAAACAGGGUGGAUAUAUUGGACAAGGCCUUGCUACGUCCAGGAAGACUUGAUAGACAUAUCCUUAUUGACCUGCCCACAUCUGAGGAGAGAGUGGAACUCUUUGAAAUGUAUUUGUCGAAGAUUAAAAUAGACUUCUCCAUUUCUGUAUUUGCACCACGACUAGCUCAGCUUACACCCGGAAUGUCAGGUGCUGACAUUGCCAAUGUGUGUAAUGAAGCAGCCAUUUACGCUGCAACCAACAACAAAGAUCAUGUAACAAUGGCAGACAUGGACUACGCUCUACAGAGGAUCAUCGGCGGUCCAGAGAAGCGAUCUUUUGUGAGGGAUGCCCGCGAGAAAAAGAUCAAUGCGUACUAUGAGGCAGGAAGAGCUGUGGUUUCAUGGUUGACCAGAACUUCUGAUGCCAUUUUAAAGAUUUCAAUUGUACCUCGAAGUAAAUACAGAUUAGGCCAUUAUCAGUAUUAUAAGCCAGAGAGGGAUCUUCAAACAAAUGUGCAGUUAUUUGAGAAGAUGCUUGUGCACUUAGCAGGCAGUGCUACAGAGGCUCUGGUUUUCAACCAUCAUUCUACAGCUGCUGAAAAAGAUCUGGAUAUUGUCAAAAAACUUGCUUACCUACAAGUUAGAGAAUUUGGAAUGAAUGAAAAUGUUGGCCAAAUCUCAUUUCAUUUCGAGGAGGGGGAUGAAACCCUCCCUAAACCCUACAGUAAAUAUAUGGAGAAUAUGAUUGACACGGAGGCAAGAAAUUUGGUUACAAAAGCUAGUGUGCAGUCAAAGAAGAUAUUGGAGGAAAAUAUGAAAAAAGUGCAUAAGGUUGCAAAAGCAUUAAUGGAAAGGGAAACUUUAUCAUAUGAAGACAUUGAAAAAUUGAUAGGCCCCCCUCCACAUGGUAAUAAGAUGCCAGAUGAUUAUGUCAACUUAACUCACGUGGAGGCAGCAGCAGGUGGUUCUACAGAAUAACAAAUUAUAGCAUUUGUUUUUUACGAAUUGUUAUUUCUUUAUGUGUGAAUGGAAAAGAAAAAUGUAAAAAUGCAAAGAAAAGA